GGCGUCCAUGGACGCGAGUUUUGGCCGUGGUUUUGGCUCUGAAACAUUGCAUUUGAAAAUAAUGAUAUUCCCUCGGUUGUUAUGUAUAUAAUACGAAUUAUUGAGUGAUAUCUAUAUUUUCUAGAGGUUCGCUAUUUACAGUCAGUCGCACGCUGUCUGUUGCAGUGCAGUCAAAGUAAGUAACAUUUGCAGAUGCUAAUAUAGUUAGCUGCCUGACUGGCUUAAAUACCACCUAAAAUGCAUUUUGCAAUCUGCAAUGGCAGAUAACUGUAUCUGUAACUGGAGAGAAUUGCUCUAUAGUUUUUCUUUUUCAGAAUAAAAUAUAUUCAGAGAUGUGUUGUCAUUCUAUGGUCUCCGAGCCAGUAAAAUGUCACUGAGCAUCUUAUCAACGGUGAAAUAUUUCAUUAAUGCAUAACUAGCUGUUAUCAAGAUGACUAAGGCACCGAAAAAGAAAGGCUUGACGAAAUGUUAUGUCUGCACGCACAGUUACAAAGCAGAGGAGGUAGAUGAACACAUGAAUGGUGUUACCCAUCACCUUGUGUUGGAACAACUAUAUAACAAGAGUCGCCCCCACCAUUGCCUGGUCUGUGGAUGUGUAUGGAAGGGCCUAACACUCUACCGGCAGCAUGUUGGAACUCCAGCACACAAACAGAAAAUCGCUGCACUGGCAAAACAACGCCGCAGUGGUGCGAAUGUGGCACUAAAGUACACAACCCCUCCGGACCUGAUUAACCUGUGCAGGGAGCGUGACCGACUGAACACCGAGAACAAGGCCAAGAGAAGACUAGAAAAGAUUAAUGCUCGGAAAGCCAGGCACCAGGGAAAGGCCUGUAACAGUAAAGGCACACAGUCCAACAGUACACAUCAGCAUCCACAUCCAUAUCCACAUCACCAACAGAACAAGGAGAACAACAACAGGUCGAGUCAGAGCCCAGGCGGCGAACCUCGUGGGCGUUCUCCGUCACCUGAUUCCCCAUCGAGCUCCUCAAACAGGGAGUGGGACGGGCCCGCUCUGCAUCAGGAGGUCUCUAGCUCACAGGCAGAUGGAGCCGGAAGCAGUAGGACCGAUUCUGUGUGUUCAGAACCAGAGCUACACAGCAGUCACGCCGCAAGAUCCAAAGAGCAAGGGGGUUCUUUCCAAAGUAGCGGGUGUGGCAACCGGCCGUCUGCAAGCCAGUUCUUCUCAGAGAUCGACUUUAGUCUGGAUUUCACCAACGAUCUGCUUCCCCCAGUGGGGGCCCUGCUCUUUGCACAUCCACCAGCGGUCAAAGCAGGGCCGUCCAAGGGCAAGGGCAAGGUCAGCAACCAUACCGGUGCACUUUCCACAGAAACUGCUGACGGCAAACAAAAUGCCUCACCGCAGGCAAAGAGGUCAAGAAAGAGGCCGCUGAACCCAAGCGAAGGACCACCUGGCUCCUCAACCGAGCACAAUCGCCAAGAGGACCUUCCCCGGGCACCGGGAUUGGUCAAAGCUCACGUGCAGCACAUCUCCACCAUUCUGCGGCGAAUCAGGAAGUCCUUGGAUGAGGAAGGUCUGGCCAAUCUGCAACCCCCCAGCACCUCAACCACAGAUGAUGAUGGGCACAACAGGGUGCUAAAGAAACUAAAGACCGAGCACGAUGGAGAUGGACAUAAUUCUGAGGAAGGGACCGGUGUUGAGGAUGAAGAAACCACAAACUCCGACUCCAGAGAGACUCUCCAGCCCACACAGUCCCCUAAAAGCAGCAGCAGUAGUGCAGCUGACCCACCUUCUUCCUCCCAGAGCAGGCUGGGUCUCCCCGAGCUGCUCAAACGUGACCUGAGCCGCCUCAGCGCCAAGAGCGGCGCUCACCACGAGCCCAACCUGACGGCGGCGCGGCGAGUGCGGACGCUCAGCAGCUCACAGACGGGCGAGGCGGAGAAGGAUGUGGCGGCAGGGCCAGGCCUGAGACCCACGCUGCAGAAGCUCAUCAACUCCACGGUGGCCAAGAGGAAGGUUAACUGGAAGGAGCUCUACCAGGAGUACCACAAGAAGAAGAGGCUGAGGGAGAAGGGCAUGCCCAGGUUUGGUAUUGAGCUGGUGAGUCCAGUAGUGCCGCUCCCAGAUGACCUUCACCUGGAGGAGGUCCAGGACCUGCCCUUGGGAGAGGACUUUCAGUGGGACUCUAUAGACUUUGACACCAGCGGCUCUCCAAUGUGCUGUGAGGAUCCAGUGCCUGAGGAACCCUAUCUAGAAGACCACGAGCCCUCAGCUGGGCAUGUGGACGGGGACACUGGGCCGCACAGACCUGCAGGGGUCUUUGUGAAGAUAGAGAAAGAUGAUUGGGGUCAGAGGGAUUUGCAGGAUGUUCCAUCACCUGCUGAGUCAUCAUGCCAUGACAAAGAGGACCGACCUGGAUCAGAACGAGCAAAACCCAAAAAAGAGAGGCAGGUUGAUGAGCUGCUGGCGGUGUCAUUGAGAGAGGAGGAGUUGAGCAGCUCGUUGCUAAAUCUGGAGGACAGUUUGACCCAGGCGCGUGGCACCCUACAGGAGGCCUACGUGAAGGUGCAACAACUCCUGAUGGUCAGGGAACAGACUGCGAGUGACAUUAAUGCACUGAGGGCCAAACGCAUCGAGAUCCUGAGGUUCAUGCGAGGUGGGAGUAGCGCAGAUGAUGGAGAGAAACAGAAAACCAAGCGCAGCCCAGAGCGAUCCCCCCAGCCUCUGAGCUCCUCGCAGCCCGAUGCACUUCCUGGUCCUCCCCCUGACGUCCCUAAUGAAGUUGCAAAGUGUGCGCCAUCCACGGUGAGGCUGGAUGAAGCUACACAGCUGGCUGUAUCCAUGAAAGAGGAGCCGGCCAGCCCUACUUCAGGUCAGGGCCUCGAGGUUUCUCCUGUAGCCCUCUGAUGCAUGUUUGUCAGAGUGGCGCUUGUUCUUCGCUUCUCAGCCAUAUGUUUGUUUCCUGUUUUCGUAUAAUGCUAUCCAAGACUUGAUAACUUGAAGAGGACUAGAGCAGCAUGACACUUUUUUGGAGCAUUCCCUUUUGAGUGUAAUUUCAGUAUUUUCAUCCAGUGUUCACUUGGAUGAAUGUACCCCUCCUUUACACCAGAGGGCGCCCUUGACCUCUCACAGUCAGGGUGCACAUAGCAGUUCCCUUCUGUUGAGAAGUGUGGUGUGGCAUCACCAGACUCUAGGGACACUCGCAUGGCAAGGCCCUUCUCACUGCACUGACACUAAUCAUAUAACAAGCUAUUGGGAAACUGGGGUCGGGGAAAAGAAGUUAAAUGUACAAAAGAUUUUUUUUUUCCUGUCGUUGUUGGAAAGAGCAAAUUUUAUAUUCUAAUAAAGUAUGCACUCUGUUCUGAAUUAAAUGGGGAAGAGAAUGACCCUUGUUAUGUUUAAACGUUGUCCAAACGUGUUUUUUUUUUUUUUUUUUAUCAAGGCAUUAAAUAAAUUGUACAUAAUUUAUUAACAUGCAUUGUGCCAUACUUGAUGUUGUUUAUGUUUUAUCACCAGUGUAUAAUUAAUCCAUUGUUUAUGACAGUUGGCUUUCUGAGAACAGGUUGCAAUGCUUUGCCUUGAUAAUACGUUUAUUAAAAAAUCUUUUUUCAUUUGA